AUGUCACUUCUUAACCAGCUCUUUAACAGAGGCGUUUUUGGCACUCGAUGCAAAACAUGCCUGAACCUGGCAAUUUCACGCAUUAAGUUGCUACAGAACAAAAGAGACAUGCAACUGAAACAAAUGUGCAAGGAGAUAAGCCAAUUCUUGCAGGCUGGCCAAGAGGCAAUCGCUAGAAUUCGGGUGGAGCAUAUCAUACGAGAACAAAAUAUAUGGGCUGCAUAUGAAAUAUUGGAGUUGUUCUGUGAAUUUGUUCUUGCUCGCGUACCUAUAAUUGAGAACCAGAGGGAGUGCCCUGCGGAGUUGCGAGAAGCCAUUGCAAGUAUAAUUUUUGCUGCACCUAGAUGUUCAGAUGUACCAGACUUAUUGCACAUCAAGAACUUGUUUACCACUAAAUAUGGGAAAGAAUUUGUCUCUGCAGCAUCUGAACUUCGUCCUGAUUCGGGCGUGAACCGCACGAUCAUCGAAAAGCUUUCAGUUACGGCUCCAUCUGGAGAGGUAAAACUCAAGGUCUUGAGGGAGAUUGCAGAAGAAUACAAUAUAGCAUGGGAUUCUUCCAAAACUGAGGCUGAGUUUAGGAAAAAUCAUGAAGAUCUUCUGGGAGGAGCUAAGCAAGCUAGUGCUGGAAUUGCCCUUUCUCAUACACCCAGCAGAAAUGGUUCUAAUAAUUCACCAUCUUAUACUACGGAACCUUCUAUCAAGUCUGAGCAUGAUAAACAAGAAUAUAAACAACUUGAAUCUCCCAGCCCUUCUAACAAUAAUUCUUUAUUUAAUAGUAAUGAAAUUGAACAGUCACACAAAAAUAAUGAUGUUUUUCCUGCUGGAGAUGCUAAAAGUGAGACAGCAUUUCAAUCUUCUGAUGUACUGGAGAAGGCGCGUGCUGCUAUUGCUUCUGCAGAUCGUGCGUCUGCAGCUGCUCGUGCUGCUGCUGCACUAGUCCAGAGUAAUUUUGGAUCAUUGAAGCUGGAAGGUAAAUAA